GGAAACUGUCACACCAGCACCACUUCGUCAUCAGAGCAGCCAAGAAACGACGGCCAAGAUGCUGCCCUCAGACCCUCUCUCUCUGGUAACCACGGUGAUCAACACCAACCCUGUAGUCUUCCUGUUUCUACUGCUAUGUCUCCUCCUGUCCACCGCCUUGACCUGCGCACCCACCCAGUCACCUAUACCAGGUCCUUCCUAUUGCGUAGGCCUGGGCCCUAUUCUCUCUUACGGCAGGUUCAUCUGGACUGGCAUCGGCACAGCCUGCAACUAUUACAACCACCGAUAUGGGAGCAUUGUCCGGGUUUGGAUAAACGGAGAGGAAACACUCAUUCUUAGCAAGUCCUCAGCAGUGUAUUAUGUUCUAAAGAGUGCCCACUACACAGCCAGAUUUGGCAGCAAACAAGGCCUUCAGUGUAUUGGAAUGGAUGGGAGAGGCAUCAUCUUCAACAGCGAUGUUCCACUCUGGAAACAAAUGAGGGUGUAUUUUACUAAAGCUCUCACAGGACCAAGUUUGCAGAGGACAGUGGGCGUGUGUGUUAGUGCCACAGAGAGGCAGCUGGAGUGUCUGCAGGAUAUGACCGACGCCUCGGGACACGUCGACGCCCUCAACCUGCUGAGGUGCAUCGUGGUGGACAUCUCUAACAGCCUCUUCCUCAGAGUACCUCUCAACGAGAAGGAGUUACUAAUGAAGAUCCAGAACUACUUUGACACCUGGCAAACUGUUUUAAUUCAGCCUGACAUAUUCUUCAAACUAGGAUGUUUGUACAACAAGCAUGAGAAAGCAGCUAAGGAGCUUCAGGAGGCCAUGGAAAACCUUAUUGAGAAGAAAAGAAAGAUCAUCAAGGAGUCUGAAAAGCUGGAUGAUGACCGUGACUUCGCAUCUGAACUUAUAUUUGCCCAGAAUCACGGAGAGCUUUCGGCAGACAACGUCCGGCAGUGUGUGCUGGAGAUGGUGAUCGCAGCCCCUGACACUCUGUCCAUAAGCCUGUUCUUCAUGCUCAUGCUGCUCAAGCAGAACCCGGAGGUGGAGCUGAAGAUAGUAGAAGAGAUGACCUCUCUCAUGGGCGAUCACCGCUCUCACUCAGACGCCACAGGUAAUGAGGAUGUGAAAAAUUUUGAUUUGCAGAAACUGACAGUGCUCGAGAGCUUCAUAAAUGAGUCCAUGAGGUUCCAUCCUGUGGUUGACUUCACAAUGAGAAAAGCUCUGGAGGAUGACUACAUCGACGGCAUUAAGGUUGCCAAGGGAACCAACAUCAUACUCAACAUCGGCCUGAUGCACAAAACAGAAUUCUUCCCCAAACCAAAUCAGUUCAGUUUAGAAAACUUUGAAAAAAACGUCCCCAGCCGUUUCUUCCAGCCCUUCGGCUGCGGCCCUCGCUCGUGCGUGGGAAAGCACAUGGCCAUGGUGAUGAUGAAGGCCAUCCUGGUCACCUUACUGAGCCGCUACACAGUGUGCCCUCGUCAAGGCUGCACCCUGAGCAGCAUCCGCCAGACCAACAACCUGUCCCAGCAGCCUGUGGAGGACGAACACAGCCUGGCCAUGCGUUUCAUCCCCAGGGCCACUCAGCCCCCACACACGGAGCACAGGCAGCUGAGAGCCCUUUAGACACCUGACACAUCAUUAAACAUGUCUGCUAUUACUCACCCAAACUAGGUUGCUUGAUGAAAGUGUCUCUAGAUUGAACAUGCUGUAUAUCUAAUAAGAUUAACCCAAUUUGUUGUGGUUUAUUAAAACUAGAUUGAGUUAGUUGAAAG